AUGCAGCCCACGCUCCGCCGCAUGGGGCCGCCCAAGUAUGCGCCACACCCUAACCACCCCAUCCACAUCCACCCAGCCCGGCCGUUCUACCGGUUCAUGGCCACGGGCCUCGGCGCGUCCAUGUGGUUCUUCUUGAUGUACCGCGCGAAGCAGGACGGCCCCGCGCUGCUGGGCUGGAAGCACCCGUGGGACCACUGA